GGUCGCCCCGCGGCCUCUGGCGGAGCUUCGCACUCGGUUCCGGGUGCGAGGCGUUGGCGUGGCUGUGUCGGACCGGGCCCCGCCGGGAGCCGAUGCCCAGGGAGAGCCACCUGUUCCUCUGAGAUCCGCCUUUUGUUCGUAUGAUGCUGUUCCAAUCCAGUCUAGUGUGGUGUUAUGCUCUUGUUCAUCCCCAUCAAUGGUGAGGAACCAAGCAGAUUCCAGCACUCCAUCUGUCAUUUCCACCUGUGGCAGCAGACAGGGACCUAACAUGGAGAGCACUGCAGCUGAAUCGAUAUCUAGCUCAAACUCCUUGCAGCAACAUCCAGGACAGCAGCCUCCACAGCCUCGAAAGAAACGACCUGAUGACUUUAAAUUUGGGAAAAUUCUGGGUGAAGGAUCUUUUUCAACGGUUGUCUUGGCUCGAGAAUUGGCAAGUUCUAGAGAAUAUGCCAUUAAAAUACUAGAAAAGCGUCAUAUCAUAAAAGAGAACAAAGUGCCAUAUGUGACACGAGAGAGAGAUGUGAUGUCCCGCCUCGAUCACCCUUUCUUUGUGAAACUCUAUUUCACCUUUCAGGAUGAUGAAAAGCUAUAUUUUGGGCUUAGUUAUGCCAAAAAUGGAGAGCUGCUGAAGUAUAUACGCAAAAUUGGCUCAUUUGAUGAGACUUGUACAAGGUUUUAUACUGCUGAAAUUGUAUCAGCCCUGGAGUAUUUGCAUGGGAAAGGAAUAAUUCACAGGGAUCUUAAGCCAGAGAACAUCUUGCUAAAUGAAGAUAUGCACAUUCAAAUAACAGACUUUGGAACAGCAAAAGUUCUAUCUGCAGAUAGCAGACAAGCGCGAGCAAACUCAUUUGUAGGGACAGCCCAGUAUGUUUCUCCUGAGCUGCUGACAGAGAAAUCUGCCUGUAAAAGCUCUGACCUCUGGGCUUUGGGAUGUAUAAUAUAUCAGCUUGUAGCUGGAUUGCCUCCAUUUAGAGCUGGAAAUGAAUAUCUUAUAUUCCAGAAGAUAAUAAAGUUGGAAUAUGACUUCCCAGAAAAAUUUUUUCCCAAGGCAAAAGACCUUGUUGAAAAGUUAUUGGUUCUAGAUGCUACCAACAGAUUAGGUUGUGAAGAAAUGGGAGGAUAUGGACCUCUUAAGGCUCACCCCUUCUUUGAAUCUAUUGUGUGGGAGAACCUACAUCUUCAGACACCUCCAAAACUUACAGCCUAUUUACCUGCUAUGUCAGAGGACGAUGAAGAUUGUUAUGGAAAUUAUGACAAUCUCCUGAGUCAGUUUGGUUGCAUGCAAGUUUCUGGUUCUGCCUCUUCCCAUUCACUGUCUGCCCCAGAGACAAGUACAACACAGACAUCUGGAGGAAAUAUUGAACAGUAUAUUCAUGAUCUUGACAACAAUUCCUUUGAGCUGGACUUACAGUUUUCUGAGGAUGAAAAGAGGUUACUUCUGGCAAAACAGGCUGGUGGAAAUCCUUGGCAUCAGUUUGUAGAAAAUAACUUAAUACUAAAAAUGGGUCCAGUGGACAAAAGAAAGGGAUUGUUUGCACGUCGGCGCCAAUUGCUGCUCACAGAAGGGCCCCACCUGUACUACGUGGAUCCUGUCAACAAAGUUCUAAAAGGAGAAAUUCCAUGGUCUUUAGAGCUGCGGCCAGAAGCCAAGAAUUUUAAGACCUUUUUUGUUCACACACCAAACAGGACAUAUUACCUGAUGGACCCAAGUGGGAAUGCUCAUAAAUGGUGCAAAAAGAUACAUGAAGUUUGGCGGCACAGAUACCACCAGAAUGCUGCUAAAUAGUAAAGCUCAUCCAAAAUUUCCCAGUUUCCCUACUUGCUGCUAGAACUCCAUGUGCAGCCGAUCAGAGGAAUCUUCGACCCACCUAUUACCAUCUCAAGGGGAAGCAUAUGUCUGAAUUUUUUUUUGUUGUUUUGUUUGGUUUUUAUUUUCCUUUUUUUUGUUUUUUUGUUUGUUUUAAGAGAGAAAAGCAAAAACCUAAUGGAAUUCAGGGUCGCUUUGCUCGCUCUUUGUGCUUCUGUUGAGGCUUCCACAUACAUAUCAUUGCAGUGCAGAUCUUGCUUUUGUGCACUUCAGCUUAGUUUCUGCUGCAGGUUAGUGGAUAGACCUUGCAUUACCAGCUUCACUUAAAAUGAGUUAAAACCAAUCCACACGCACACACACCGAAUCAUGUACCAGCCUUGCAUUUUAUGGGGCUGGAGUUUUCUGUGACUUUCAGAUUAUCAUUAAACUGUAUUUCAUCAGGGAGCUUUUAUAUGCCUCUCCUAAGCACCACCUCUUAGUUUUCUCUUCCUUUCCCCACUGUCCCCCAGUUUAUUGGUAUAUGGCAUUUGUAGCCAGAUCAGUUGCACCCUUGUGUAAUUUCUAAUAUAGUUCUGGUUGCAAGAUUUAUGUGGUACUUUAGUAAUUAUGUGAAUGAAUCAGAUGUAUGUAUCUGGCAGACAGGCUCCAAUGAUACAGGUUUUGAGAGAAUAAAAUGUUCAAUGUGGCACUGAAAGUUUUCUAAAAUUGAAACAUUGGCUUCUGAAGCAUAUAAGAUUUUAAACGUUCAAUUUAGAUUUUAAUGAGUCAUACAUGUGUUUAAUCAAGGGACAGUAAACUUACCGGCAUGCUUUUAACUAACACUAACCAAAAAAUUAACUAGUUAGUAUGGGGUAUAAAAGGUUACUAUUGAAGUAGUAAAUAGUUUUUCACCUUUUCAGGAGCUGAGGGCUAGAAGCUUUCUUUCCAGGGUGUGCAUGUAUUGUGCAUUUUAGUGGAGCCAGCCUAUUUACCUGGGUAGAGAGGGAAGUGUGAAAACUUUGUACAAUUGAUAAUUUGAUCUUUUUUAUCUCAUUGUAUAAGGAGAUGUACAAAUCCUAUUUAUGGUCCUUAGUCAAAUAUUUAGCAGCUCUGAAAAAAAAAUUAAGCAAUUGAACUAUUAGAUCCUUAAAGUAACCUGGUUAAAAAAAUAAAAGGAAAAUAUUGUUAAAAAGGGGAAAAUAUAUGGUACUUAAAUCAUAUCUGUAAAAUGAAAAUGUUUCUCAUAUCAGUCUCCUUUAUCCUCUUCAGAUUAAGAUGUUUCUGUAGUCAAACAUUUUUUGUUAUGAUGCAAAGACAAAUUUGUUAAUUUGUGCUAAAUAAGUGCUAAAACCAACUUCCCUAAUGGUAUUUUCAACAUGCCCAUGUUGCAGAGAGGAAUGGUCUGGACAAAGGCAUCCCUUCCUUGUUUUAAAAGCAGUAUAAACAUGACACCUAUUUGUUCACUUUCUACACUUACAACCUCUUUACAUUUUGAAGUCUCAUACUACAGUGUGCUUUUCCUUCCACCAAAAUAAGAAAUGUUCCACUGUAAUGUUGAAUAAACUUACGGGCUACUGUUCUAGAAGUAGUAUUUUAAAAACAGUGGCUUAUAAAGAUUUCUCAGAAAAUGCAUAAAUGUUGGAGAUUUUUUUGUUGUACAGAGUUAAGGAGAUUUAUUAUUGAUCUCUUAAACUGUGUUACAUGAUUGUAGUUGAUGGCAAGUUAGCUUUUCCAGUAUCUUUCAGUCUUUACAGAAGAGAGUGCUGUUGCUUUUACUUUUGGAGGAACUGCAUUCUUAUAAUCUUCUGUUGCCCCACCAGGUACACAGGCUUGACAAAAGUAAAUCACUGGCUUACAGUUCCUGGUGUUGAGAGCUGAGGUGUCCUGUAAAAUGGCUGAGAUGAGAAAGACAGAACACCAUUCCCUUUGCUUCAUGAGAAAAUUCAUCACAUACAAGGCACACUCCUUGACACUAAAAUUUGAUUAGCAUAGUACACCUUCGGUCUGUGCUAGUAUUAAUCCUGUAUUUACCAUUCUAACCAUUAUGACAUUCAUUGUUCUCUCCCAGUCAAAUUCCAGCUAUGUGUUGGCAACCCUACUGAAUCAGGAUUUAGUCUUUGGUGCAGACAUGUAGACAUAUUCCAAACAUUAUACAGGAGAGUUUGACAGUGAUGAAGAUUCAUGGUGCCACAACUGUUCAGUGUGGCAAAACUUGACCUGACAAAAAAGUCUGGUAAAGUUGUUUUGCUAAAGUGACCAACUUAGCUUCAUUAGGAGCAGUAAUGAGCUCCAUUGGCUUGUUCACUAAUUGGAAAUCCAAGGAUGCCUAAACAUGUUUUCCUGUAUUAUUUAGAUUUGUAGUAAUUUUGCCAUAACAAAGUAAUUACUCUUUUUCACACCCUAAAAAUCCUCUCUCAGUAGACUUGUAUCCUGUCCACUAGAACCUUUCAGACAAAGAAAUCUUGAUAGCAGUAAGCUGUCAGGGUGUUGUCUGGAAGUCUGUCUGCAUACUAGUAUUCCUUUUUUUUUUUUUUUUUUUUUUUUUUUUUUCCCUUCUCCCAAUUAUGUCAACCUGUGAGCAUCUCUUACAGGCAUCCCUCCAUUUAGAACUUCAGCGUUCCAAAUCAAGUCUUCCUUUGCUGCUUUUUCAGGGAGGGACUUGAACUUUUCUGGGAAGGGAUAUUUGUCUGCCUUGGACUGUGAAAUCUGUGGUUUUUGAAAGAUGGCAGUAGAAUAAGGCAUGACAAAGCAACCAUAUGGAUUUAAGUAUGUUUCAACAGUUUGUCCACUUAAAUGUGUAUUGGCAGAUGCUGAAUAUUAUGAAAGACUUGUUCCUGUUUUAAAUGCUUAUAUCUGAAGCGGGGUAGCUUCAGAUCUUUGUCCUGAAGAUUAUUCCUGUCAUUCAUGGGAGUUCAUGGAAGGAAAUGUAGAAGGGAGGCUCUUCAGAGCUGCAGAUAAGCCAAUUAAUUUCUCUGCUCUUUAUCUGUGUUUUUUCAAAGCACAAAAGGGAUUGUUAGGCACUUGAAGACUGUUAUUAAGACUCCUCACUGCACACACCUACUGAGAAUCCAAACUCUUGAUUGAUUUAUUUUAUCUUUUAUGUUUUGGACAUUUGCCAAUCAUCCUAUAAAGAAUCUGGUCAGUAAUGUCUGUUUGCUUUGCUUGAUUUGAACUUCAUGAAGGUGUUUACUGCAUCUGUUUUAUGUAGGAUGGAGCUUAAAGAAUGAAAUACUACUACUAGAAAGGAUUUUUGAAUCAAGCUGUUCUAUUCAGUGUCCAGCCCAGUUACAGGAAGUUUAGAACUACUUUGAUAAACUGGAGAGAUUAGAUUAUUACCAUUGGCCUGGAAGUCCAGUUUUAGGAAGGAUUUCUUCAGAUGAGAUGCUGAGGCAUUGUGAGCAGACUGACAUUACAAAUUAAGAUCUCAUUUGCUAAGCACUUAGAUGCUGAAGACGUCGAACUAUCAGGUAGUUUGUGCUCCACUUACUUUUCUCUUUCUUAUCUGAUUGAGCUGUGAAGUGACUGAUGUAUUAUCAGCCUGGGAAAAGCUCUAUAGGUUUAAACCAAGAUUUGGUAACUAUAACCCUUUUCUGUAGCUGAAGAUGUUUAAUGUACUUGAUACCAUUAUGUUUUGUGCUGAGAACUUUGAGGAAUCCUGACGUGUAAAGUCAACACAAUUACUUCAUUUGGCCUGUGAACAAAAAUUUGAUUUUAACACCUUGCUGAGGGGGAGAACUUGUAUAUUAAUAGUUGCCUAAAGAUGUGGUCUGUGGAUUUCAUUCUUCUAGUGAGUUACAUGAAUAGGUGUGGUAUUUAUAACUGAAAUUUUGCUGGAUGCCUAUAAUAAUUUAUGCAAUUAUUUAAUCAAACGGAAGUGCUCAUGCAAAUCUUGAUGACACAGAUUGUCCAUCAGCUGAUAAGUGAGCUUACAGCCAUCCAAUUCUCUGACCCAAAAUGGCAUACUUCCAGUCAAGACUAGUAACUUAAUGUUUCCUUCUUUCUUAGAAGAAAUAAGACUUACACAGAGAGGUUCUUAAGCACCCGGUAAUGUGGUCUGUCAGUGUGACAGAGAAUCUAGAUGUUGCCAUUUGACAAAGCUUCCUGUGAUGUGUACUAACUCUGAUUGGAUGUGGCAAAUGUUCUAAAUUGUAGCAGAACUUAUAUUUACUGUAUCUGACAAAAGAGAAAAAGUAGGAACCAGGAACUAUAAUCAGUUUUCAUAAUUGUAUGCUAGCUGUUUUCAGGUUGGUGGCAGUCAGUUACGUGUGUAAUAUUUUCUACCUGAUUUGUAGCUGUAACUGUGAUGUACAGAUAAAAGAAAACUGAAAACAAACAAAAAACCCCAACCCCCCUCAACAAAUGCCACAAAACAAUCUCCCCUCCUCCAAGAACUCGUGAAAACAAGCAAAUAAUGCAAUGAUAGAAGAUACACAGUUUUGUAUUUUUAUUCUUCUAAGGUUCUUUGCUGGCUCUUGUUGGCCUCUAGUUCAGUCUGUGUUAUUUAAAUUCUAAUAUAUGAAUUAUUUGGAUUGAAUUCAUGUUCGGGGCCAUGGUGUUGUAUGUAUUGAUGUACAGCCUUGAAUGUGAAUAAUUAUUGUAAACUAUAUUUUACACCUUUUUUUUUUUUUUCUGGCUUUAUUAUAUAAAUUUUCUAUUGGUUGAUGAUUUAAUCAUCUCAUAAUUUAAUGACUGUUUAUUCUCCUCUCGACAGAUCUCUGUGCUGUAGAUGUGUAGUUAGUGACCGGAUGAUGGAUUCACCUAUGCUCGGUAGUCUGUAAUAAAGGCAUGUAGGGUCCUG